UUGCAUUUGAGUUCAAGUUCAGUCAGUCAGUGUUUAUUUAUUUAUUUUUUAAAAAUUAAGCGAUUUUUCUUUAAAAGUGGUCCGUAAAACAGGGUAACAUGUCGAACAAUAGCCCUCGACCGACGAUGGAGCAGGUCCUAGCUAUGCUGAGCUUCAUGGAGGAACACCCUAACCUGGCGCUGGGCAAGAUGAAAGGCGGCGUCGAGAACCGAGCAGAGAGUAAAAAACUGUGGAUACAGCUCGCAAGAUCGCUGAAUGCUAUGCCUGGGCCCAACAGGUCUCUGAAGUCUUGGAUGAAGUUUUGGUCCGACAAGAAGUCCAAUCUGAAGCUGAAAGUGCAGACAGCUGGAGGUGACCCCAGCAGCCUGCUGUCCAACAUUGAGUGGAGGAUCUGGGACAACUUCCUGUCUAAACAUGGUGUCAGGAGACCAUCUAAAACUAACAGUGUCAAUGUGAAGCGGGACAUAGAAGAUGAUCAAUAUUUUGAUGAAAGUAAUGAAUUAGAGCCAGAGCCUGAAGAACCAGAGGUUGAGGACUUUGAUGAGAAGCAAACGAAAAUGAUGGAGAAACUGGUGGUGGCGAUGGGCGAGCAGGCGGCGGCCACGGCGCGCCUGGCGCAAGCGUCGGCCGCCAACGCGCAUGCGCUCAACCGCCUGGCUGAAGCCUCACAACUACAGGCAAGAGCCGUUGAACGGCUAGCGAACACAUUUGAGAACGUGACGUCAUCCACGCACGAUGUUCGGAACGCACUCCUGGACAUGGACAUUACUAUGAAAAGGUUCUACGCGUCCCCAACUUAGCUGAGCCCGUGACACACAAGUACCAUUUAAGAUUUCUUUUUAUUUUUGACUAGUUCUUAAUUUGUUGAUUUUUUGUUGUUGAAUUAUUUAGCGUGGAUGCUGUUUGCGUUUUUGAUGAUUGAAGUUGUAUUUGAAUUUAAAAGUUUAUCUUAUGUUAGUGACAAAUCCUAUCAUUUCAUAUAAGUGAUACAAGUAAUCUAUUUCAAGAUAGAUAGUGAUGAUUAACGAAAAUAUAUGUAUUAUUGAAUAGUCUGACUAGUGUAGAUCUCUUUUGUUUAGAAAUGGAAAUCAUUUCAAAAAACUAAAAUCUUAUGAUUUUUAUUACUUAUGCCAUUCUUGUUUGGUGAAUUUUCAGUAAACUACACUCUGUAGAAGCCAUGUUAUCAUUAUGAUAAGCCUAAAUAAGUUUUUUUUAAUAAUAAGUAAGAUAGCUUUCUUACUCGCGUAAGAUUAAACAAAUAGAAAUAAAACGACUGAAUUUAA